AUGCAGAUGCGGGAUCGACGUCCUCUGCUAGCGGGGGAUGCCGCGAACCGAGAGAGAGCCCUUGCCAGCACUCCAAAAAAGGAGGCGCGCCCUCAGUUGCAGGAGGAGCCUCCCCAGGACGGGCCGCUCAAGACCUCGCUGACCUGGAUUCUCUUCUUCCUUGUCAUUCUCGGAGGUCCGCUGGGGAUCAUCUACUACUUCACGCCGUUCUUUGUCGUGGAGAACUUGGGCUGCAGGGUAGUGGACAGACUCUGGGGGGACGACGUGGCGCGAGCGAUGGAGGCGGGGUACCAGCACUACAGGGACGCCCCACCGCGCUUUCCGUCGCUCGAGUACAACAAAACCAUGCUGUGGGGCACCUACGAGCCCGGCCUCCUCUUCGCCAUGAAGACACGCACCCCGAGACCGGUGUACGUUGGCCUCGCCUGGUACGACGAGGCGGGCCUCCACCCCGUGCGGCACAGGGUGGCGGACGUGCUCUCGCUGGAGCGGCGCCGGGGCGGCCGGGACGGCGUGAUUUCUGACGAGAAGACGGACGACUUUGAGGCAUUGUGGGCGCUCCACGACGGCGUUUAUUACGGGCGCCUUUAUGUGCAGGACGGCCCAGCCAAGCUGCAGGUCGAGUUUCUCAAGAGUCCCUCAGGCGACUCCUGGCACGUCCGCACGCACGGCCAACUGGACGGGGCGGAGCCCGUGGAGUUCCUCGUGUAUGUCGUCAACGGCGGCGGCGACGCCCUCGAGCCGGAGCCCACGCCGGCAGACACGUCCUGGGACGCGCAGAUCAAAAGCGAGUUUGAAGACGCCGAGGGGCGGCGGGAGGGCUUCUCGCUGCGGAUUCACGAUGACAACAACCCCGUCUUUGCGGCCACCCCCUGGCGGGUGGACGGAUGGACGUCCGCCGAGGAUGACUUCCUCCGCGACGUCAACUUCCGCAGCCUGCCGCCGGGUGCGCAGACGUACAAGACGGGCCCCGCCGGGGUUGAGGGCCCGCAGCCCCGCCGGGACGGGGUCGCGCCGCACAACGUGAUGCUGUUUCGCAAGCGAUAUGCGUCCGACUUCCGGGUCGAGCUGUCCAUGCGCCACGCGCUGCACCUUGGGGCGGGGGGCCAGGAUGCGACCGAGCGCCGCCCCUUCACGGCGGCUUCCGAGGCCCUAACAACCUGCCAGCUGACCAACGCCUUCCGGAGCCGGGAGAAGCAGGUGCUGCUGCAGAUGCGUCAAAUGUUCACGCCCUGGAGAGCUGGGUCGCACCUGAGUCUCAAGCUGUUCAUCAACCGGGCUCGUCGCCUGCUCAGCGGUGCGCUGGGUGCUUGGGGAUUCUGGUAUGGGCGAUACCUCUACGUGGAUCCGGGCGUUGCGGCUGCCCUGGAGGCGCAGGGAAAGGCAACAACAGUGCAGUCCGACGAUCAACUACGCACAACGGCGUCUGACGUCUCCGCUUUUGGGGCGGUGGCCUCGCGACUGGGGAGUUCUUACGGUGACAUGACGCUGACAGGGUACCACCUUCUUUUUCUUAUGCGCUGGAACAGGGAGUGGACGAAGGAGGCCAUCGCCUCCUGGCUCGUCGGCGCUCAAGACGCCAACAGCGGCUUCAUUCCACAUCUGGCGACGUUUACGGCCGCGGCGCGUGCGUCUGCGCCGCCAUCGGCACGCUACGAAAGCCUAACUUCUGCUGCGCCUCCCACUCUUCUCCUCACACUCUCUCAGCUGCUGCGCAGCGACGAGGCCGCCGCGUCAGAGAAAGAGUUCUUUGAGCUGCUGCUGCCACCGCUGCGUCGUUGGCGGUCCUGGUUUCACGAGACGCAGAGCUCGGAGGACGGUGCAUUAAGCCUGGAGGCACUCGUGGCGGCAGCGGCAGAGCAUGGGGCUGUAAACAGCACACCACCAAGGUAUCGAUGGCGCCCACGCGAUGGCGACCGCCUCCCCUCCAGUGGCAUGCCAGACUACCCCAGACCGGCUUGCCCUGGUCAGCACGGACGCGAGGCACACGUGGACCUCUUUUCAUGGGUUGCCCUGCUAAGCUCAAUUGUGAGUGACGUCGAGCUGCGCUUGGGGCUCGCUGAGACGGUCCCCAGGCGCCUGUGGCCGGGCUGGCUGGACGCGGUGCACUGGGACGCGCGGCGCCAGCGCUACGCCGAUCGCGGUGGCUGCCCUGCUGACUCCUUCUCGCCGUAUGCGGGGUACGCCAACCUCUACCCCCUGCUCCUCGGCAUCAUCGACGACAAAGCGCGUGCGCUGCGGGUGGUUGAGCUUGCCAGCUCGGAGCUGAUGACCCAGUAUGGCAUGAUGUCCGUUUCCUU